AUGCUUUUUUUUCGUUUUUUUGUUGUUUUCACCCUGACUUGGCUAAACGUUGUCUUAUCAAAGCUGAACUUCCAAAAUGAGCAGAUAGCGGCAUCCUUCUUCGAGGCUAACAGCGAUUAUCGUGUAACUAAGGAGGACGUAGUCGACGGUAUAGAGAAAUGCUGGUUCAACGUGACGAAUUACCUCAUUAACCAGUCAAUAAAGCAAGAGAACGACUUCAGCAGUGACGUCAAGACAGCCGUCAAUUCGAUGAAGCUCAAGCUCGACCAACUGGUCACCCUUUCGUACUCGAUUAAAAAAAUAGACACGGUAAACGCGUCCUUCCAGUGGGCCCAAUCCCCCGAGGAUAUUUUCCUCAACAUUAAGUUCUCCCACAGGUGGAGCUCGCCGGGCGCCCUAAAAGUGAAGGACGAAGAAGUGGUUGCCAAAAAAAACUUCUUCUCCUUUUCGGCCCUGAGUGACGACACCAACUCGGUGACAAAAAAGUACACCGUUGAUCUGAAGCUCCUCCAUGAUAUAGUCGAAUCGGAGACGAAGUACAACUUCGCGUCCGUUGGGAAGGUCGUCGUUACUUUGAAGAAAAAGGAGAAGCGAAUUUGGAAUCGCCUCCUCAAGUCAAAUGAGAAAAAUCCGAACAUGCAGGUCUGGUGGGACAUGAAGGAGAAGUACCACGACAGCGUCCAGUCAUUUUUAAAGGAAGAGGAAAAAAAAAGAAAACAAAGGAGUGGCAACAACGAAACGAAUGACAACGGCGAAACAAGUGUUAAUGACGAAGUGGGGACCAUCCCCGGGGAACAAAACAAAAUGGAAGAAACACAAUUUGACGGGAAUGAAAAUGAACAGGACGAAGGACAUAACGGCGGGGUGCCAUCAAAUGAGUCGAAAAAAGACAACCCCAAGAAUGCGAAAAACGAAGAAUUGUAA